GAGAGAGAGAGAGAGAGAGAGAGAGAGAGAGAGAGAGAGAGAGAGAGAGAGAGAGAGAGAGAGAGAGAGAAACAGAAAGUAUACUACGAAGAAACGAAUACCUUUUCGCUCCGAUUUAUGGAUCCUGGACAUUCGAAUCUGUAUCGAUGAAGGGUGGAGUCUUAAUAUUUGGAAAAAAAACAUCACGUGAACACACCCCCACCUUUGAACACAUCAGAAGUUUGGUGAAUACUCUUGAUGUGUCCCUCUUUUUGGGGAUUUAAAAAUCAUCUCCAGCCGGAUCUCAGUGAUGGUGACUUCAGCUCAAGAAAACUGCCAACUUGCCGUUCAACAUGAAUCUGAGAAGUAAACAUUUGGAGGCUGCAUCUUUGUUGAUAUUUUUGGUCAAAGUCUUCCGUGUGAAUAUGCUGAGUUGUCAUCCAACUGAGUAUCAGACAGGGAAAGAAUGCUGUCCUCUUUGUCCCCCAGGAAAUCGUGUUAAAACACACUGCACAGAGUUCAGGAGCACUUCCUGUUUGCCCUGUGUGAAUAACACCUUCAUGAAUCUUCCCACUGGACUUACCAAGUGUUUCCCCUGCACGACCUGUGGUCCAGCUUCUGGUCUGCAGACAAACACUUCAUGCACAGCAACAACGGAUUCAGUUUGUGAACCUCUGGAAGGAUUCUACUGUAUAGACCGCAUAGGGAACAACUGUGCAGCUGCACAGAAACACAAACAAUGUCAACCAGGGCAGUACAUCAAACUCAGAGGAACACCCCUCACAGACUCUCAGUGCUCUGAAUGCAGUGAUGGAACAUUUUCUGAUGGGACGCGUACGUCUUGUCAACCACACACACAAUGUGAAUCACAAAACUUUCAGCUGAUGCAACCAGGAACACCUUCAACUGACGCUGAAUGUGGAAAUUUAAAAAAGGCACCAACUGCAAUCAUCGUUGUAGUGGUUGUUUUGGGUCUUUUGGUGGUUGGUUCAUUAGUCACCUGGUUUUUGUGGAAAAGACAUCUUGCAGGAAAAAGAUCAGCAACCAUUUAACCAAGGGGAAAGACAACCAGAAGCGAAACUGGGAAGAUGAUGGAGUGAAAAGCAACAGUUGAGGACUGUCUAGACUAGAGCCACUUCUAGACAUGACCUCCAGAGGAUGUCUACAGAAUUGGGUCCAGACUCUCGCUGGUGUUUUUGAAUGUUUGAAAGAAGCAACACUUCCUCCUCUGGCUGUGUGUGGGAGAGCCCCGUGGCAAUCACCACUGCCACACUGGAGCCCAAGGUGGGGCUCGACGCAGCCAGAGACGCGGAACGGCAGGAAGGAGCGGCGACCAGACGGGAGCUGGAGGAGAGGGACCUGAUGCUGGCGGAGCGUCAGCUGGCUCUGUUGGGACCCACACCCAACACUGGAGGCGACGGCGAGCGGGGCUCCAAUUCCGCGUCCCAGCCCCGCUUCAGAGAAGUCAGCGGGGCUGGGAACAGAUGUCAACUUUUUUGUUCCAUCACUGUUUGUGUCACAAUUAAGUGUAAUUAGGUAUUUUGCACCUUCAAAGUACUACGUAUAUUGUGUUGAUAAAAUGGGAAAAAGUCUGUUUAAGUCUAUUUGAAUUCCAGUUUGUAACAGUACAAAAUGGGAAAAAGUUCAAGUGGGGUGAAUACUUAUGCAAAGCACUGUACAUUUGUUUUUCAGAAGCGAAACAUUUUCAAAACCACUGGUUUGGUUAUCAACAAUGUGUUUUAACAGCUUGUUAUAUUAUAUGUUUUUUUAAAUAUGUCGAAUAAAUGUAUUGGAGUAUAAAAUAUAAUAAUUAUAUAUCAGAGUAGAUGUAUGAAGUAAAAAAGUUGGAAUACAAAAGUGAAAGUGCUACGUGAUGUCAAAUGAAAAAUUAAUAUUUGUGACAUUGAGAAGUGUAAACUCUCAUAUCUGCAGAGGAGGAUCUAUCAUGCUUAUCUUGACGUGCAUAUGCUCUUCUCUUGAGGUCAAAGCAAAGCUAACUCUAGCCAGGUUUUGAUAAACCAUGUGUUUGCCAUGUGCAAGCAGCCCAGACUAAUUCAUUGUAGAAAAGAUGAUAAAAUGUCCCUAAAAGGCGCAAAAA